UUUAGAGGUGUCCGUCCGAACUUCCUCGCUCGGAGCUCCGUGCGCGGCAUGGCCUGGCGCUCGAAGGCCGCAGAGGCGCUGCAGGAGGCCUUGAGCGUGGAAAGCACGCGGGAAUGGACGCCGCUCCAGAGCUCGGGGGAGGUGCGCUUGUUCACUUCGCCGGUCUCUGGUCCAUUGCCAUUCUUCCGCGGAUGCCUGGAGCGUUCGGCCGCCACAGUCGAGCUGGCAGAUCUGGUACGAGUGCUCGUGUCCGAUUCUUGUCGACGCUUCUGGGAUCCCUCCUAUGCCUUCAGCCAGCUGCUGGGUCACCAGGACACUAUGGCGCUCCUGUGCACCCGGCAGAAAGCCUCCCCCGUGGCCAGUGAGUCUGUGUGGGUCAACGCCUGCACGUCCAACAUGUCGGCGGAGCGCUUUACCUAUGCCGCCACCAGCAUCGAGGACGCCGACGUCGGGCAGUCGAUGCCCGCAGCUCACGCGGGGCUCACGCGGCUGGCGACGCGGCUGUGGGCGAUCGAUGUGCGGAAGAAGGAAGACCAUUGGGAGUUGUCCUUCGUCUUGCACACAGCGGCCACAUCUUUCCGCCUGCCAAACUUCAUGCUGAAGCCGUUGUUGGCCUCGUGGAUUAGCAGUUGCCUGGUCUCCAUCUGGCGCAUGGCCUCGGCACAGGUGGCGCCCAAGGGCCCCGUGUGCCUCAUCGCAGCCCGAGAGUCGGAGCCCAAAGCGGAAGGAACUCCAGUGGACGUGGCCGGGCGCAUGCUGAGCUUCGCCGGGCCCAGGAUUUGGUGA